AUGGAAAUCCCCUACAGCAGACAGAUCAACGCAGCCUUUGAACAGGUCACCCCUCUGGUCGCCGAAGGCUUCGAGGUGCUGCGAACAACCCGCAACAUCACUCUCCUCCUAGCUGGGAUACAGGUCCUGACCGUCCUUCUGCUCUUCCUCAUCCUCGCUGCGAUGGUCAUGCUGCUUGUGACGAUCAACCCGGAUCUCGAGCGGGAACGGACGACGCUGAUAACGCCAUUACUGAAAUGGAUCUGUUCCUGGUUCAUGACGGGCUCCGGGAAACGGCGGUACGGUAUCAUUGCCAUCAUGCUUGUACUGGCGCCUGCCGUGCUGUAUGCGCAUUGGUAUUACUACUUCAAUCAGCGGGACGCAGAAGUGCCAUCGGGCAAAGUUGACCAGAUUGAGGGAAGAGACACAGAAUCGGACGAGAACGAGGAUACCGUUCGGUGA